AUGGCAGGCACACUUCGUCGUAGUUUUUCUUACAGCAUGUAUAAUCUCAACAGUUCAACUGGGGAGAUAAUGCUAAACAAAAUGGAUAACUCAAGGCGCUCUAUCUAUGGCAGGCAUGGUACCUACAUCUCUGGAUUUCCAUCAUCAGCGGUUGAUAAUGAAGUCCCACAGUUUGACAAUGAAAAGUUGACUAUGCAGAAUCUUAACAUCCGCCUAGCAUCAUACCUGGAAAAGGUGAAGUGUUUAGACUCUGCUAACCGAAAGCUUGAGCUGCAAAUCAAGGAGUUUUUUGAGCGUAAAAGCCCCAACCAGCAGAAAGAUCUGACCCGAUACUACAGCAUCAUUGAAGACCUUCAAAAACAGAUUUUGGCAAGGACCAAGGAAAAUAGCAAGAUCUUAAUGGCAAUGGACAAUAUUAAAAUGACAGCUCAUGACUUUAAGGCAAAGUAUGAGAUGGAGAUGAGCAAGCGUUUGGGUGUAGAGGCAGACACAUCUCACAUGAAAGUUGUUCUUGGAGAACUUAAUGUUACCAAUAAUGAUCUGGAAUUCACCAUCACUGGGCUGAAUGAAGAUAUGGUGUUCCUCAAGAAAAGCCAUGAAGAGGACCUUUAUCUGCUUCACACCCAGCAGAGUGGUGCAGUAAAUGUGGAAAUUGACUGUGCUCCUGCAGUAGAUCUUGAAAAAGAACUACAGGAAAUGAGAGAGCAAUAUGAGGUACUCCUCCAAAAGAACCACAGAGAACUUGAGCAGUGGUUCCAGAGCAAGGUGGAGGUAUUGAAUUCUGAGAUUACCACCAGCCACACUGAAAUUAAAAGUUCCCAAACAGCUUACACUGACUUGCAGAAAAAAUACCAGAGCCUGGAGAUAGAAGUAAACAGUGUUCUUCAUCAGAAGGAAAUCUUGCAGAGGGACCUGGCUGAGGUGGGGGUGCGCUACAGUUCUCAGAUGACCAAGCUGCAGUUAGACGUAAACCGUCUAGAACAAGCGCUCCAACAGAUCAAUGAAAGCAUGCAACAACAGGCCAGUGACUACCAAAUUCUACUGGACAUUAAGAUGAGACUGGAGCUGGAGAUUGCUGAGUAUAGAAGGCUUCUGGGUGGAGAAGGAGGAGGAAGUGUUAGUGUAAGUUCCUUAUCAACAUCAUCAAAAACAUCGUCUUUGACUACAACUGUCUCUGAGACUGUGAGAGAGACAGUGACUGAUUCUAUAACAGUACAGGAACAAAAAGAAGAAGAGCAUCAUCUCCAUCAGAAACGUCUGAAGGUCAUCACAGAGCAACUGGUGGAUGGGGUGGUUGUGUCUACUUCUGUGGUUGAGAAAAUCAUGGAUGAACAGCUGGUUUAAGUAAAAAUAACUACACACUGUUAACAUUGUAAUGCACAAUUACUGGUAAUUUGCUGAAAAUAUCAUUUUUCAUUUAUGUGUGUGUAAGCUUCAAAAUAUCAUUAUCAUUUCUCAUUUUUGGGGAUGCAUCAGAUGACAGAUGUUGGCUUUGUCUAUUUUAUCUUUGGCCACAAAGAACGUAAUGUCCAAAACAAGCUGCACAUAAUUUAAUCUGACUGCUUCUGAGGCCCAGAGAACUAGGUGGACUUUCUGCAUAUAAUUGAUAUAUGGCUUUCUCUUUCGAGAUUUAAGUUGCAUUUCUGGAUGCAAUGGUAGACUGUUUUAGGUGACAAUGGUUUUCCACAGUACUCUCAAGUCCAUUUGGUUAUAUUUAUCACAGUAGCAUGAACGUUAGGUCAUGCACAUUUCACAGUGGUUUCCAGCAUUGCCCUACAUGGACAACAUGUGGGAAUUUGACAACAUGGAAUUUGAAAAUUCUCUUAUAUGUGUAUAAGUUUGGAAGAAAGUGGUAAACCACAACCCAUCUUUGCAUGCAAAGACUAAGACUUUGGUGUAUCCUCUUUUUAUCAUUCAUUAGUGAUGCAUUUGUACCAUGAAGAUGUUAAGUCUAGAAGGCAUUUUGGUGUAACCAAUUGUCAUAAAUGCCAUUGAGAUGCUGUGCAAAUGUAACAAAUGAAAUAUUAUUGGUGCAACAUUCUUAAAAGCUAAUUAGUUUGACUAUUUUGGGUUUUGAGUAAUGUACUGUAUUUGUUUUUGGGCUUUAUGGUUAUGUAUCUUUAUGCACUAGGUGGCAGCCUAUUCACACUGUUUGAUAUGUAUACCUCAA